GUGGCGGUACCAUUUUUCAUCAGCACCAUUUUUGGACGCCAUUGCCAACCGUAACCACCAUACUGUCGCCGGAACAGCACUGGCAUGUCUUGUGCAAAACUUGUCACGAGCUCCCUCAUAUCUGUGUAGAAGAACGCAUGAUCAGACUUUUAAGCUGUCGAGAGCUACAAUGGACAAAUUCCUGCCGACUCUUUAAACUCCUUGCUUUUGUACCGUCUCAACAAUAUGGGUUCUCAUUUGUGUCUGCUCAAUUGGCCCAAGAAGAAGAAGAGUCCUUGAUCAGCUGCAAAAUGCCACCUUUCACUCCACGAGUGUCCAAUUCUCAUGCAUAUGCUAAUAUUCUCCAUAAUUGUGUUGAAAACUGUGAACCCAUCAGGGGAAAAGCCACUCAUUGUGAUAUAAUAAAGCGAGGGGGCUGUUUAGACUUAUUUGCAAGAAACGUUUUGCUGAAUUUGUACGUAAAAUGUGGAUUAUGGUAUGAUGCUCGACAGUUAUUUGACGAAAUGCCUGAUAGGAACGUUGUUUCAUUUGUUACUUUAAUUCAAGGCUGUUCAAUGUCCGAAAGAUACAAUGAAGCUGUUCAACUGUUUGGUAGGUUACAUAAAGAAGGUCAUAAGCUUAACCCUUAUGUUUUCACUACUAUCUUGAAGAUGCUUGUGACAAUGGAGUGGACAGAACUUACAUGGAGCAUCCAUGCCUGCAUUUAUAAGCUUGGCUACCAUAAUGAUGCUUAUGUUGGUACUGCUUUGAUUGAUGCUUAUUCUGUUAGUGGGUUUGUUGAUACUAGUAAGGAAGUGUUUGAUGUGAUUGAAGGCAAGGACAUGGUUUGUUGGACUGGAAUGGUAUCUUGCUAUGCAGAGAAUGAUUGUUUCCCUGAGGCAUUAAGUUUGUUUGAUCAAAUGAGGAUGGUGGGGUUCAAGCCAAACAACUUUACGUUUGUGAGCGUAAUAAAGGCUUGUCUUGGAUUAGAUGCGAUGGGCAUGGGAAAGAGUGUUCAUGGGUAUGUCUUAAAGGCAGGUUAUCAGAUGGAUUCUUAUGUAGGUAUUUCCUUACUUGACUUGUAUACUGCAACCAGAGAUAUGGAUGAUUCCAGGCAGAUGUUUGAGGAGAUUCCAAAAGAUGAUGUAAUUCCUUGGAGUUUCAUGAUAGCCAGGUACUCACAGAGUGACCGUUGUGAUGAGGCUUUGGAAUUAUUUUGUCGAAUGAGAGAAUCUUUGGUUGUCCCUAACCAGUUUACUUUUGCUAGUGUGCUGCAAUCAUGUGCAACAAAACAGGCUUUUGACUUUGGGAGGCAAACUCAUUGCCAUGUAAUAAAAGUUGGUCUUGUUUCGGAUGUUUUCGUCUCUAACGCUCUCAUGGAUGUUUAUGCUAAAUGUGGAAAGAUGGACGGUGCAAUGGACUUGUUUGCAGAUGCUGCAAUUAUAAAUGACGUAUCCUGGAACACCAUCAUUGUUGGCCUUGUACAAUUGGGUGAUGCAGAGAAAGCCCUAGAUUUGUUUCUAACCAUGGUUGAUAACAGAGUCCAAGCAAGUGAUGUGACUUGCUCAAGUAUUUUGCGGGCUUGUGCUAGCUUAGCGGCAUUAGAAACAGGUGCUCAGAUGCAUACAUUCAUAAUCAAAACACUUCAUGAUAAAGAUGUUGCUGUUGGAAAUGCACUCAUAGAUAUGUAUGCAAAGUGUGGAAAUAUAAAAGAUGCUCGCCUGGUCUUUGACACAAUGAACAAGCAGGAUACAGUGUCAUGGAAUGCUUUGAUCUCAGCAUAUUCCAUGCACGGUCUUGGUAGCGAGGCUCUGAAAAUCUUUGAGAGGAUGCAGAAAACCGAUGUCAAGCCUAACCAGUUAACUUUUGUUGGUGUACUUUCUGCAUGUAGCAAUACAGGGUCUCUAGAUACAGGGCAGGCUUAUUUCUCUUCAAUGCUUAAGACCUAUAAUGUUGAACCUUGCGUGGAGCAUUAUACCUGUAUGGUGUCUCUCUUAGGGAAAAUGGGGCAUCUGGACAAGGCAGUGAAGUUGAUUGAAGAAAUUCCAUUUGAGCCAAGUGUUAUGAUCUGGCGUGCUCUGCUUGGAGCCUGUGUUAUCCAUAAAAAUGUUGAGAUUGGGAAGAUCUCUGCCCAACAUGUGCUGGAAAUGGAUCCACAUGAUGAAGCAGCUUAUAUAUUGUUGUCAAACAUAUAUGCCAGUGUUAAAAGAUGGGAAAAUGUGUCUUCUGUUAGGAAAAUUAUGAAGAAGAAACGAGUAAAGAAAGAACCCGGAGUUAGUUGGAUUGAGCACCAGGGAAUAGUUCAUUAUUUCACAGUAGGAGAUGUGUCACAUCCAGACAGAAAAUUAAUUCAGGGGAUGCUGGAGUGGUUGAACUUGAGAUGUAAUAGAGCUGGUUAUAUCCCAAUUUCUGAUGUUAUUUUACUUGAUGUAGAGGAUGAUGAAAAGGCUCGACUUUUGUGGAUGCAUAGUGAGAGAUUAGCUUUAGCAUUUUCUCUUGUGAGAACACCAUCUGGAACACCCAUUCGUAUUAUCAAGAACCUCCGUAUAUGUUUGGAUUGCCAUGCAGUGAUUAAGUUCAUUUCAAAACAAACACAGCGAGAUAUCGUCAUUAGAGAUGUAAACAGGUUUCAUCACUUUGAGGAGGGGAUUUGUUCUUGUGGCGAUUACUGGUGACCUGCCCUUUAUUGGAGGGUUGUCCAGUUAAAUUUUGUACUUCUUCUGUUUCCUCACAAUGAAUUAAGGGAUGAUAUCUAAUUGGAUGGGACUCAUUCACUACUCAGAGACAGUUCACCAGGUUUUGCAACAUUGAAGAUGUCUUAGGACCUUUUCACUCAAAUUUUCCAUUGGCACUAAUGUUGCUUUAGGACAGACUGACAAGGAUCUCUCAUGUUGAGAAGUCUUCUUCAUUCUGUCUAUUGUUGGAUGGAGAGUGGCUCACCUUCAGGACAAGCACUGGUGAUGCCUUCUCUGAUCAGCUGAAUAUUUCCAAAGCUGUCAGUUCACCUUGUGCUGUGACUGCGAAGAUAUCUUAGGACUUUUUCACUGAAAUUUCCCAUUGGCACUGUUGUCGCUUUAGGACAGACUGACAUCAAUCUCUCGUGUCAAGAAGUGUUCUUCAUUCUGGGUGUUGUUGGGUGAAGAGUGGCUUACCUUCAGGAUGAGCAAUGGUGAUGCCUUCUCCAGUCAGCUGAAUCUUUCCGAAGUCGUCGAUGUUCUGGGAUUCGCUAUCUCUUUAUAGAAUUGAAAACAAUCUGGCAGGUCUGGAACUACCCACAUCCUUCAUAAAAUUGAAAACCACUUGUUGGUAUUGCAGUGCUUGUGCCUAAGUGGCUAUUCUUAUCAUUUAUAGCCUUUCCGUAUCUUGAGCAUUGGCUUUGUUCUGUGAAAGAGGAUUUUAAGUUGGAAUAAUGGAGUUGAGCAGUACUGGAUGAGGAGGAAGAGAAUUGUCAUAGUUCCAAGAGGCUAUAAACUUCUCCUGGACAUUCUUUCCUUUUCGCCUACGCCAGAUGCAGUUAAGACUCUCCUUUUUCGAAGAUCUGGGAAUCUCUGUACUGAAAUACGGGUUCUUGAUUUUGCUGAAUGCUUAUCUACGAGUUGAUGAUGAUUUAUAAUUCUGAGAAAACCCCCAAGACAACCAAAAAAUUCAUGAAUUUAAUCUGUCACGUGUUGUAAAAU